AUGAAUACAAACUUCAGUAAUGAAUUACAACAAUUACAAAUGGAGCUUCGUGCUCAAAAUUUUGAUAUUAUUCGAUUUUCAACAUAUCGAAUAGCAUGUAAAUUACGUUUUAUUCAAAAGAAACUUAAUUUUCAUCUUCUCGAUUUAUUAAAUGUAAUUGAAUCUCUUCGAGAAUGUUUGACAAGUUUAUCUUGUCAAUCUAAUUUAAAUACUAUAAAUUCUUGUAUAUCAAAACAAAUUCAUUCUCAUUUAGUAAAUAAUAAUCAAUUUCUUUCAAUAAAUCAUUUAACAAUAUUUCUUACAUCAAUUUAUACAAAUUUAAAUAAACGUUUACCAUUAUCACGACAAAUUCUUCAUAUAGAUAAAUGUGUUCAUUCAGCUAUAGCUUGGUUUUUAUAUGUUUAUAAUUGUGAUCAAUUAUCAAUACGUUUUAAUUCAUUUCGUGUAGUACUGAUACUUUUAUGUACUGGUAAAUUAAUUGAUAAAAUGCGUCAUUUAUUUACAUGUAGUCUAUCAACAUCAUCAUCAUCAUCAAUAUUAAAUACAUUAACAUAUAAUCAAGUAGAUGAACUUUUACAUGAAAUUCUUGCAUUACCAUAUGCUUUACAAGAAAUUUCAUAUUCAACAUAUAAUAAAAACUCUGCUCGAUCAAUAUUUUCACAUUUAUCAUCACCAAUUACUCUUGAUGGUUUUCUUGAUCUAUUAAUCUAUAGUAAUAGAACACCCAUUUGUUUACAAUGGCUUGUUCUAUUUCAUCGUUUAAUAAGUGUUGAAAAUGUUAUUCAUCGUGUAAAAUGUUCAGCAUGUCAACGUCCAUCAUUUUCUGGUUUUCGUUAUAAAUGUCAACAAUGUCAUAAUCGAACAUAUCAAUUAUGUCAAGAUUGUUUUUGGCGUGGAAGAACAUCAGAUCAACAUUUAUCAACACAUGAAAUGAAAGAAUAUACAUAUUUUAUAUCACCAAAUAAAGAUAUUCGAUAUUCAAUUCGAAAAUCUUUACAAUGUAUGCCUAGAAAUGAAAAACAUAAUCAACGUUUAAAUUCAUUAACAAUUGAUAAUAAACAACAAUUAUCAGAAGAAAAUUUUAUUAGAAAUAAUAAAUCAAAAUUAAUAAUAAAUAAAGAUAAAAAUAUUUCGAAUAAAAUCGAUAAUGAUGAACAUAAACAAAUAGCUUUAUAUACAAAACAAUUUGAAUUAAUUGAUGAAAAACAAAAUUUAAAUCCAAUUGAAAUUCAAUCACAAAUAAAAUCUUCUUUCAAUCAACAUCAUUCUCGAAGAAGAUAUACUAAACAUCAAAGUGAAGAAAAAAAACUUAUGAUUGCUAAACUUGAAGCAGAAAAUAGACGUAUUAGUCAUGAAAUAAAUACAUUACGUUCAAAACUUAAACAACGAUCUCUAAAUCAUAUGAAUACUAAUGAUGAUCAUGCAUAUAGUGAUACAGAUGUAUCUUCUAAAAUAGAAAAACAUUAUAUUCAAACAUUACCUAAUCAAUAUUCAAAUAUUCAAUAUAAAUCGAAUCCUAUUCAUUAUAUAAGACGUGCUGGUUCAGUUGAAACAACAAAUAAAAAUUCAUAUUUCGAACAUGAAUUACAAACAUUAUUAAAACGUAAACAUCAAUUAGAAUCUCGUAUUUAUCAAUUACAACAAAGUCGAGAAGAAUUAACAUCACAAUUACAUAAUCUCAGUCGAAAUUCACAUAAUUUACAACAACAAUCAACAAUAUUUAAUUCACAUGAUCGUUUAAAUAUAUCACCAUCAUGUAUAAAUUCUCAUAUAAUAAAUUUUAAAAAAAAUUCAUUUCAAAGUUAUUCAACACCAUCAACACCAAUUCAUAAACGUUUAACAAAUCAUUUACAAACUGAUCUUCUUCUUGCAGCUGAUUCAUUAACUUCAGCUAUGUCAUCACUUGUUCAACAAUUAAAUACAGAAGACAAUGAAUCUUUUUUAACAGUAUUAAAACCUGAAAAUAAAUUCAAUUUUUAUUCAUAUGAUAGUGAUAAUCGAACAGAUGAAGAAUUUUUUUUAAUAUCUGAUGAUGAUAAUUUUUAA